GUUCGUGAUAGAACAUCCUAUAAAUGGGACGAAAUGUAAACACAUAAAAGAAAAUUUACAAAAUGCCGUCGAAUGCUGAAUCGGGGUUGCAGCCCAAUGUAGAAAGGCCCCAUAUUUUAGUUGUGGGGCCCAACGAUAACGCUUCAUGGCCUCCAGGAAUAAAAAAUAUUACAUACGAAAUACCUUCAAUUACUUGGUGGCCUUGGUGCGAUUACUGGAAAGAACCUCAACACAUUUUAUUCCAAUUAGCUCAUGUGUGUUUUGUAUUAGCUUUUUCCUCAACAUGUUCCAAAAGAGGUGUUCUUUUUAUGCAUUGCUGGCUAAUAUUAGGACUUUUAAUUUUUGCCACAUGGGCUUGGAACAUAAUAUGUGCCCCUGAUGUAUUUACUUGGAAUUUUGUUUUUAUGCUAAUGAAUCUAGCACAAGUUUUUCAUAUUGUAUACCAAUUAAGGCCUGUUAAAUUUGAUGCGGAGCUGGAGGAAGCGUAUCAUACAUUAUUUGAACCUUUUAAGCUCACAAGGCUUCAAUUCAAGAAAAUGGUUAGCCUAGAUUUCGCACAAAUAAUGUCGCUACACGCUGGCGAGGCUUAUGCCGUACAAAAUUUAACCAGAACUGAUAGAUUAGGACUUUUAUUAUCUGGAAAGGUAAACGUGCUUUCUGAUAAUCAAUUCUUACACCCGAUUUUGCCUUGUGAAUUCAUGGAUUCCCCAGAGUUUGAAUCCAGUAGAAAUACAAUAGAUGAUAAGUUUAAGGUUUCUAUCGUAGCUGCAAGUACUUGUCGUUAUCUCUAUUGGCAAAGAUCUUCCUUGGAAUAUCUUUUUGUAAAAGAUACUUACGUUGCAACAGUUUUAACGACGAUUAUAGCAAGAGAUAUUACCACAAAAUUAUACGCCAUGAACAACAAAAUAGUUACUGCGAAAGGAUCUCACUUAGACAUAAGAUUACCAAGUAUAACUUCCUCUUUAACUACAGGUGGUGAAUAUAAGUCACCCAUAAGGAAAAAGGCGAAUGGGGGGGUUUAUUGUGUGUCACCAGGGAGGUUUUCCAAUGACAUCAGUCGUUCGAAACACGACUACAAGUAUAAUAAGGAAAAUGGGAACGUCAAUCAAACCUGUUACGUUGGAGAGAUGACGCCUUUGACUGAAUUACCCUCAACAGACGAUUUAAACUCAAAUGAUGUGGAAAGUUGGCUGGAAACUAGUUCAAAAUAUCAUAGCUGUGAAAUUGUUGACAUGGAUUAAAUGUUUCUGAUAAAGUUAUUUAUUAUUUAUUACAGACAAUGGUAUUAGGUUGACGACCUACAAUUACUAAUAAACUAUAAGAACAUCAUGUAUUACCCAGUCUACACGCGAUUUCCACAUGACAUUUCAUUUAUUGUGAACACUCAUGUAAUUAGUAAUACCUA